AUGCAAAAAAUUAUUAUUUAUAAUUCUACAUAUAUGCAAAAGCUCCAGGCCGAUUUCGCAAAAUUUUGUGAAGAUCCAACUGACGGUUUAUUAGUUUAUUUAAUCAACAAUGAUUUCUAUCACUGAGGUGGGGUACUAAUAGGCCCACCAGAAACUCCUUUUGAAGGCGGAAGAUUCCAAUUUGAGAUUCUUUUCCCUCAAGAUUUCCCUCAAAGUCCUCCAGAGUUUUACUUCAAAACGAUUAUUUUCCAUCCAAACGUGGACUCGAACGGCAAAGCUUGCACAAUGCUGCUUAAUUACAAGUGGCAAAGCACAACAACAGUAAAAUCGAUCCUUGAUAGCAUUUGUGUGCUGAUGAGUGAACCUAGCACUGAGGAUGGAUACCUUAAUGAUGCAACUGCAGUCAGAAGCGCUGAUAAAGAGGAAUAUGAAAGAAUAGCUAGGAUGUGGACGCAUAUGUAUGCAGUUUAA